UUGAGACAUUGCAGUUGUCGUCUGAAUUCAAGCGGAACGAGCUAACAUGAACAGGACAAGGGAGGAGACAGCGCAGUGGAUAAAUAGCAACAGGACAAUCAGCUAUCGGCCUUUAUGUGUAUAAGAAAAAUAUUUUCUGAAAGGGAACGAUAACUGGCGUUCCACGAGUGACUUCAUCAGUCUCUUGGGGUGUGCAUUACGCCUUCUUUUUAUCAUCACACAGCACCUCUGAAGUAAGGCAGGUGUGAAGAUCUGUGCUGACUACUGCAGUGGCGGGACGGGUGCAAGCAGCUCAGGAAGAUGGCAUCACCUUUUGUGCCUGUUCCUGUGCCCAUGGACAGAACAUUGUCAGGAGGUAGCAGCAAGCUCAGACGGCCACAACGAGCUUCAUCGCUAGGCAGCGUCUCCAGCAGCUCGUCCUCUUCUUCUGUCACAAGGGUGGCUGAGGAGGACCACGGAGGCAGAUGUGGAGGAUUAAGUUCCCAGCGUCAAUCUCGCAUGGACAGAGGCAGCCGGAGCAGAACCCCACCACCCAUCCAGAGCCCUGUGACACAGGCAAGGGUGAACGGGCCUCUGGAACCCUCUGUAGUGUAUUCCAGCUGCCCCCGCUCCAUAUCGGACCCUGUUGGGAGCCAGCAAGGCGAGGAAAGGCCUAUUACUCCUACUGUGUUGGGAUAUGAAGUCAUGGAGGAGAGGGCCAAGUUCACGGUAUUUAAGGUCCUGGUCAAGAAGACUCCAGAUGAGAGCUGGGUUGUUUUUAGAAGAUACACAGAUUUCUCCAGGCUCAACGACAAGCUGAGAGAAAUGUUCCCAGGUUUCCGCCUAUCGCUGCCUCCUAAGCGGUGGUUCAAAGACAACUAUGACAGCGACUUCCUGGAAGACAGACAAUUAGGACUGCAGGCCUUUUUACAAAACCUGGUUGCACAUAAGGACAUUGCCAACUGCCUGCCAGUGAGAGAGUUCCUGUGUCUCGAUGACCCGCCUGGGCCUUUCGACAGUCUGGAGGAGAGCAGAGCGUUCUGUGAGACUCUGGAGGAGAGCAACUAUCGUCUCCAGAAGGAGCUGCUAGAGAAGCAGAAGGAGAUCGCCUCCCUAAAGCGGAGGCUAGAGGAGAGGGAACAGGCAAUCCUGCUACUGGAGAAACAUAUUAAUGGUGAGUGUGUGAGCCCAGAGUCUCCGUGUGGUCUGUCAGCUCAGGGCAGUGACAGCAGUGCAGAUGCAGAUGUGGAGUCGUCUGCUGCAGAGGCUGAUCAGGACAUGCCUGACGAUGCUGGCGCUGCCCCAAUCUGAAAACAGAGCCCCGUAACAUGUGAGGUACUCCACAUCCAAAACUCAGCAGGCUAACCAAUGUGACAUUUUGUCUUUUCUUCUUCUUCUCAGUAACAUGCAUCCCACUGUUAAAUACUGUUCUGUAAUGGAAGUGUCCUGUUGUUAUGGUAUCUGUGUCAAAGAAUAGGUUUGUAUUGUAUUCAAGUCUGGCUUAACACAAUACUCACAUGCUACAUGUGAAGUUGAUUUGUUAUCCCUCCUGUCCACACAUAUGGAUACGUGUACAUAUGACAUGUCAGUAUUGUAUUGAGAUUUACUUGAAAAAUCCAGACCUAUCUUGUAAUAGCUUGCAGUCAUGAUGUUUUUAAGUUGGGGUCGGUUCAGUUUCAGUGCACCUAAUUCAGGAAAAUUGAUGUUCUCUCCUUUUACACAAUGUGUCUUCCCAUUCCCUUAAGCUACCGUGGCCCAGUGGACACGAACCUUUAAAAGAAGUGUAUUUUUCUCCAGAGGUUUGAGAGUUCUUAUUAUUGUAAGAAGAGGGUUAGAGGCAAAAAAAUUUAAUAAAUAAGUAACACAAAAGCUGGCUAAAUGUUACACACUCAAGUGAAGCGUUGAGUGUUUUUUCCACUUUCUGAAUUGACUGACCUGAAAAUGAUUUGUCCCCCACUGUGGUUUGUAUUCAUUGUACUUCAGUGUUCUGUGCUCUGUGAACCCUCUGGCUGUGCCACGCUGCUGCGUCACAUGUGACUAACACACACUCUUAUUGCCUCUCUUUCACAUGGUGAUGAGUGCUCACGAUGUGGGCAUCGUAGGUUUUUGGAUUUCAGGUCUUGCUCCUACCUCUCCCCCUCUGGUUUGUUGACAUACAGCAAAAGGUUUCUUGUCUUCAAGCUUAUAAUGUGAAGUUUGAAGACAAUAUGUCUCCUCCCAAAGGGAUGGCAUGCUGAUUGAGCUACUUUAGCAUCCCUCUUCUAUUGUAGAUGUCUUCUUGGAUCUUCUCAGUCUGUCUUUCUUUAUGUUGUGUGUUGUCUCCAGUUCUCACGCCUCGAGCUGAAUGUAUUCCGUUUGCUUGUACCCCCCUCCCUCUAGUGGCAGGUGUGAGGUCCAGCCGGUGCGAUCCUCUGCCUGUUGGUGUGGGCCAUUGCUCGGUACCUCUCCUCCAGUCAUCCAGGUCACUCAGCUUGACUACCAGAAGCUGGAUCCCUAACAACGACCAGUGGUCCUCGCAUUUUUCCCUUCAUCUCCCCCUCCUAUACCAUUCCACACCACCUUCCAUAUGUUCAAGCCCUAUUCCAUACCCUUCUUUUGUUUCUUGUUUAAUUUUUCUUCCUUCCGUCUUGUUCUCUGUGCAACCUGACCUCUCCGUCUUCCCAUUUCCACCAUCCUGACUGUAACCGGUGUUUCACCUUCAGCUCUUAGAGUUGGAUAGAGUUUGAAGAACUGCAUACUGGGUUAAAAUGGAACAUUUUCAUACUGCAGCAACCUGGUUAAUAUUUGUUGUAUAUUAUCCAAUAUACAAUUGCUCAUGGGAUAUCUUGUCUGGUACCUACAGAAGACUUUAUUCUAAAGACCUUACGAUACACACAGGUGACCAGGUGGGUGUCACAGAGGACGGAUAACCUUUUGUUUGCAAUCACUUCCUUGUCAUUGCUUUGUACUGCUCAUCGAGGCUGUAGACAGACAUGAAAUUUCAGUCAAACACAGAUUACAUCCAACAUUCCCUCAUAUCUUUAGUGCCAUACAGGAUUAGGAUUAUAAACCAAGUCCCGUGAGAGACCAUAAACUCUCUAAAAUACUGCAUCCAGAGAGGGCAAAGGACAUGUGAAGAUGUCCACUUCUAAGGGUCCUGCUUCUGUCUGAUAUAUUCUGUCCCCUGAAUAUAUCAGAGUGGUGCUAGUUUGACAAACAAGAACUUAUGACCUGAAAGACUAAUAAACCACAGUUGAGACUGCGUAGGAAAUGAGCCUGAUUCAUUCUGACAACACAGACUUGGUUGUACUGAAUCAAGGCCAAUGAAAAUAAGAUGCAGAACCAUCAUACAUUUCAGGAAGAACAUAAGCAGCUGAUAAACACUAUUCAACCUUGUUGGCUCUGUAUUAGCAUUUGCUAUUACCAGGCCUACAUAUCAUCUCCAAAAGCCAUAUUUUUAGAUCCAAAUAACACUUAGGAAGUUGGAGUUUCACAUGUAGUCGUGUGUGCUGACAGCUGUUUUCACUCUUUGAUACAGAGUUUUGAAGUGUGUAAUAACUGCAGCUAAUGCUGAAUCUUCUCAAAUUAGGCCUGCAUAAAGGUCAUGUGAUGCACUUUAUGGAUGAAUGGCAACCCAUAAUAUUUUCUGGGAUGUGGAUUUUACUACUUUGUUUGAGACAGAAUGUGCCUUUUCAAUCACUGAACCUGUCUUCAUUCCCCAGUGGAUCUGGUAUGUUAAGAUGUGAGGAAUGUAUAUUCAGUUUCGUUGACAUUUUGUUUUGUAAAAAGUGCCUUAAACAUUGUUCACUUAAAUUUUUCAUGUGUUUGAAUAGCUUUAUAAAUGUGUGUGUGUAGGACAUGAAACAAUUCCACCAUGUUCCUCUGAUGGAAAUAAUGUUUGAACUGACUCAUACGCUAUGUAUAUGUCAUUGCUUGGAAUAGACUUAAGCAACAUGUGUUGUUUUUUUGUUUGUUUGUUUUUGGGGUUUUUUUUUUGCAAUAUCACAUGUUAUAAGCCUUAGUUCAUGUAUACACCCAUAGCUGCACUGUAAAUGAUUUAUAUGAAAAAUAUCUGGUAACAUUAUUGAUAACCGGGAUUUAAAGGGAUACCUGGUCUGAAAAUAUUACUGAAACACAUACUAUAGCAGAGAUGUUUAUCAUUAAGAACUAUUUAAUUCACUUAUAAAUGUGAAAUGAUACAUUGAAUACACAUGUAUGUUUUCCUGUGGUAUCAGUAGUUUGUGCUUGGGGGAAAUAAACUGUCAGGUCUGAUAUGGUCUGCAGAAAUGAUGUGGACUUACAUGGACCAUUUUAAAGUGUGUUGUUUUACUUUAAAAAUGUAAUAAAUAAUUUAAGAAAACAGUG